CAGACUGAUAAUUAGUUGUUCUUUGCUUGGUUCCUUGAUAGUGGUCAUCCAAUACACAUUCUGCACUAACAAUUAUGAUUAUAGACAAGAUGUAUUGGAGCGCCAUAUAUCUUAUGACAUGGAACAAAAAAUGGUAGAAUACUCUGAAGCUGUUAAAAAGCAACUGCGCAGCCAUAAGAAGGACAUUCAUGUGACUAACCUGAAUUCAGAUACAAAAUCGAAAAGAAUCGCAAAGUUAAAUGAAUCAAUAAAUACAACUAAAAUAAAGAAACACAUUUCCAAUCUACAACGGCCUGACAUAAAAUAUGAUAUGUAUUCCAGGCAGACAGCAACAAAAAAGGUCUGUUCGUUUCCUAUGACUCAUGUUGCGUUUUUAAAAACUCACAAAACAGCAAGUUCAACUAUUAUGAGCAUUAUUCAGCGUUUCGGUUAUUUCCGUAAUUUGACGUUCAUUAUGCCUUUGAAGAAGAUAGACCAAUACAGAUUUAACUAUAUUGGAAAACCAGGAGAAACAAUAAGCUAUGACAAUAUCAUUCCAAAAAGAGAAGAAGAUGAAUACGAUUUACUAUGCAAUCACGUGAUCUACAACGAGGAUGCAUUUCAAAAUACCUUUCCAAAUGAUACUUUUUUAUUCACAAUUAUCAGGGAACCUCUUAAACAACUUAUUUCAACAGUAAAUUAUUAUGGAUAUACACAACAAGGAUACUUUGCUAAUAUCUUUAAUCAAAGUUUAACGAAUCCAAUGUCAGAUUAUUUGAAAUCUCCAUGGAAAUUUGAACCGAGCAAUCCACAUUAUUCCGUAACAAACAAUAAGAUGUCUGUAGACUUGGGCUUGCCAAUCGGCCAGAUAAGAAACGGAAGUUUCAUUAAAUCUUAUUUGGAAAGAUUAAAUAAAAGAUUUAAACUUGUACUUCUACAGGAAUAUUUCGACGAGUCACUCAUACUCUUUAAACGCUAUACUUGUUGGUCUUUUAAAGACAUGAUUUACAUCUCAAAAAAUAUAUGGCCGCUUCAUCAAAAUUUGAAUUUAUCAGCAGAAGAUAUAGAUAAUCACAGAAAGUGGAAUGUUGCUGACUAUGCUUUAUACGAAACUUUCUAUAAAAUAUUUUGGACAAAGGUUUUAAAGGAAAAAGAAUUUUUUGACGAGGUGUAUCAUUUUAGACGCAUUCUUCAAAAAGUAAACAUUCAUUGCUCAAAUGAUAAACAAUCAAAAAAUUUAACUAUAUUUGAUUCAAAAUGGAGUCCUGGUUUUAUCCUGACACCAGAAGACUGCAUUUUCCUCAAAUUGAACGAAACAAAAUUCAUUACAGUGAUUCAUAAAAGAAUGAUGUCACGUGCUUACCCUAAAGGUAGCAAUCCAUUCGAACAAACCGCAAGUGAACAUGAAUUGGCUCAUUUAUUUUAAUAAAUU